AUGGAGCUAAAAGCUCGUAUACUUGUAAUAAUCUCCAUCUCUUCUCUCAUUUUAUUAUAUCUCUCUGUUGAAGGUUUGAGUAUCCUGCCUAUACCAUCCAUAGUCCAACCGAAUUCUAAAUUUAAAUUUGAUGAACCAAAAGAUCAAGGUUUGCCCAACCAGGCGGCAUCUCCACCAUUUUUAUUAGGUUUAGAUGAAGCCAAAGAGACACCAAUUUCAUCCCCGGAUUCCUUGAUUUUCAUAGGCAAAACCGUAGCAGCCCCUGCUUCUUCCUCCCUAUUACCCGAAUCAGAAAUAUCAUUAAGCCCAGAGGCCAUAGCCCCUGCUGCAGUAGCUUCAUACAGAGAUGCAUCACCGUCCUCCUCCUCACCUGCACCGGGUUCUUCCACCCUAUCAGAAAUAUCAUCUAGCCUAGAGGCGAUGACCCCUACAAUAGCGCAAGCUCCAUCAGGAUUCAUUGAUCAGGACAUUGCUUUGGCUAUCGAAGCGCGUAUCAAACAAAGCCAGAGUGAUUCUCAAGUAGCCAUGGAAGAGGCUAAGAAGCUUCUGAAGGAGGAUCCGAACAUUGCUUCUUCAGAAACAGGCAAGUGUCUGAGCAAAUGUGUGGAUAAGUAUGCAGCAAGUCUGAAUGAAUUGAGUAGGGCUAUAACGGAUCUUGGAAUCCGGGACGUGACGUUGCUAGCGGAUGAUUUUGGUGCGGUGGAGACGGAUAUCUUAAGUUGCCAGGCAUGCUUUAAAGACAAAGUUGGUGAGGAUUCCCCUUUCAAGGCAUUAGAGGAGGCCACCACCAAGGCUGCUCGUGAGUGCUUAACGGUUAUGGAUUAUGCUGUCGUUUGA